CUCUCUCCUCUCUUCUUUUUCCGUCGUUCAUUCUCCGAGGCCAUUCAUUCGUUGUCAUCAGGUUCAGGUGCUUAUGCUUUCCGUCUGAACAUCACCAUUCCUGAUUCGUCUUCCAUAAAAACCAGGUAUACAAACCCUAGAAACCGAUAACCUAUCUUCGCCGGAGAACAAACACGGUUUCCGAUGCUUUUACAACAUCCAUGGACUCCUCUUCCUAUUCACUGACCACGAUCAUCUUCAUCAUGUUCGGCCACCGGUUAUUUCUUAACUAUGCCAAGACAUUUCAGAUUCUGCUUGUUCUAUUGUUAUCUACACUUUUGGUUCAUGCUGCAUGUGGACCGAGUAACCUGCUGGCUAGAAACUCCCACUUGUCUCGAGAAUUGUCUCUUACAGGAGGAACAACAAACUCUACUUGGUUGUUAGAUUAUGGAAGGUUUAAAUUAUUGAAUGGACGAACUGUUGCUUGUUCUUUAACCUCCCAAGAGGAAUCAAAUGAUGAUUCACAGAUGGAGAAAACAGUUUUUCAGGAGGAUUCCUUGGCUCCACAUAUUAAAGUUCACCCUCCAUUACUUGACUAUGGGGAGAGUUUUUUGUAUUUUACUUCGUCUGCUUCUUUAGUAGUUGAAAACACUCACAGCGACAGCUCCAUAUAUAUAUACGAACCUUUCAGCACGAAUUCACAGUUUUACUCAUGUAACUUUAGUAAAUUACACUUGGGACCAGGCGAAGUUGCUUCGAUUUGUAUUGUAUUUUCACCGAUAUGGCUAGGAAUUUCCUCUGCUCAUCUGAUUUUGCAGACGAGUGCUGGUGGAUUCAUUGUUCAUGUUAAGGGUGUAGCUAUUCAAUCUCCUUACAAAAUCCAGCCAAUAGAAGGGCUGGAUAUUUCCUUGGCUAAUCCUUUUGAUGAAACGAUCUAUGUUGAGGCUGUAAAUGCUUGGAUAUCGGUUUCGCAAGGUAAUACUACAUUAUCGACAAACUUACUGUGUAGAGUAGAAGAAUUUCAGGAUUCAGAUGGAAAUGGCUCUGAAAAUAUUGUGGUUAACUCGCCAUUGAUAUCGUUUAGGCCACAUAGAAAUUGGGAUAUUGGUCCCGGAAAAAGAGAGAUAAUUGUGGAGCUUGAUUACUCUUAUGGUUAUGCAGAUAAAAUAUCAGGUGCAUUCUUUAUACAGUUGUUGAAGUCUUCACAAGGCAUAUCAGAUACAAUUAUCAUCCCUCUUAGGACAGAAUUAGGUAGAAAAUCUGUAUAUGUCUCGUUGGAUACAAUUCUCCCUUGUGAUGGAAGAGGAACUGUUAUAGUUUCUGUCGCACUGAAAAACGUUGCUCGCUAUCUGUUGAGAUUUAUUAAGAUUGAUGUUGAUGGAGAAGGUAAAAGGCUUUUCCAACUUAGGUAUAUUGGAGAUUUGAUUCUUUAUCCUGGAAUAGUUACCCAAGUUGCUGUUGUUACCUUUGCUCCAAUCCAGGAUUCUCAAUCUGAAGUUCUCAAUGCCAAUGCCUGUAGAUUUACCCUUUCGACAAAUGACUCAAAUAGUCCUCAGAUUGAGGUUUUGUGUAAGGAUGUAAUCGGCAUUUGUUCAGGACAUAGUCUUGACUACAAGGAAGAAAACCAACAUGUUGAGCAUGUAAAUAUGAAUUUGGGUCUUUCCGGUGGUAUCGGGCAACCUUCAUCUUUGAGUAUGGAGAUUACGACGUUUCCAGAUGAAUUAGUACUAAAGAACUGGAAAUCCCAAGGAAGUUCCGAAGGGAUUUCUAUACUCGAUAGUCACGAGAUCGUUUUUCCCAUGGUUCAGGUCGGGUCCCAUCAUUCCAUGUGGAUCACAGUAAAAAAUCCAAGUCAGCAACCCGUUAUAAUGCAGCUGAUCCUAAGUCCAGCAGAAAUCAUCGACGAAUGUAGAUUUUCAGAUCAUCUUUCCUCCAAUAACCAAGUUCUCAGUGAAUUCCAAACGCCAAGAAGGUAUGGCUUCUCCCUAGCCGAAUCUGCAAGGAAGGAAGCUUACGUUCAUCCUCAUGAAACUGCAGUUUUCGGACCAGUCUAUUUCCAUCCUUCCUCUAGAUGCACUUGGAUGAGCUCAGCUCUAAUAAGAAACAAUCUCUCCGGCGUCGAAUCGAUAUCUCUACGAGGGUUUGGCGGAUCGUUUUCAUUAGCAUUGCUCGAAGAAUCCCACCCUGUUCAGAAUCUAGACUUCAAGUUCAACUGGCCUAUCCCCCACAAUACGUGUUUCAAACCGAUACAGAAAGAGCUUUAUGCGAAGAACACGGGCGAUAUACGGUUGGUAGUGAAGAGGAUCGAGGUUUCCGGGGCUGAAUGUCGGUUAGACGGGUUUGUUGUGGAAUCGUGCGAAGGUUUUGCUCUUGAACCGGGAGAAUCCAUGAAAAUGGCGGUUUCUUAUAAAGCAGAUUUUAUCGGCGUUAUGAUUCAGAGGGAUCUCGAAUUGGUAAUGGAUAGUGGUAUGAUUGUUAUACCGAUGAAGGCUACUCUUCCUUUACAUAUGGUUAAUAUGUGCGGUCAAUCGGUUUUCUGGUUGCGGUUGAAGAAAAUAUCUGUUUCGACUUUUUUCGUGAUCUUUCUGGCUUUCUGGGUAAGCUCGGUUUCCGUCGCUAAAACUUCUAACAGUCAAAAGUUCCGAUUAUCGUAUUUCAAAGUGGAAGAAACUGGAAACCUGACUAUAAAAGUCGUGGGGAAAGAUAAGGGUAGAAAACGUCGUAAAAGAAAGGGAAUAAUCGAACUUUCGAGCAGUCAAAGUGGAAAUUCAACGCCUUCUUCUCCACUGUCUCCCGCUGAUUCAGUUCUGGCUGUUGAGGGAAAAAACCAUUUUGCUGACAAACAACAAGAACGGGAUGAUAAGAUUCCUAAUAAUAAACCCGAACCUUGUUCGUUGGUUAAAAAAGAUAAGAAUCGCCGGUUCGAAAGUAGUAAACCUCAUGUUCUGUCGGCGUCUGCUACUUUUCCUUCUAGUAACCGAGCUGCUGUCGAUUUGAGCCGUUUUCUGGCUUCUACUUCUACCAUUGCUCCUCAUGCUCGGGCUCCAGGUUCGAACCUGCAUGAUCGAGAAAUAUCUAAGAAAGGCGAAAACUCAAAGGUUGAGGAUAAAUUUAGGUAUGAUAUUUGGGCUGACCAUCUUUUCGGACUAAAUAUAUCAUCAGGUAGGUUAUCGUCUUCUUCGAAGGGGAUAUCUGGUGCGGAUCAAACUCGCUUUAAUAGCUUCUUUGUAACCGGACCACAGUCUCUCGAGGAGACUAAAUCUGUAAGUUUCUAUCAAGAUGGUUAAACUAUAAUCUGCUUAAUAAUUAUAACUUUAUAUAUAAAGCUAUAUAAUAUAUAUGCUUGCUUUGCCUAAACCAUAUCUAUUUUUCUGCU